CUCAACAAUAGUGAGACGAUAAGCAGUCUGCUGAGAACUUUCUGUUGGUGCGCAUCUCUGCACUUCCUUAAUUUCGGUGUUAAGGUAUUGUACCUUGAGAAUGAAGAAAUUCACUGUAAGGCUAACAGAGUCCACAUCACAGCGCCUGGGCAUUAAAGAACCAACAGUCUGGUUGAAACUGGAGGGGAUGUCUGUGAUGUUGAUUGGGGACAAGAGGUCUGUGGUGUGGGUGUGGACAAUGGCAAACAUCCGCAACUACGGCUACAACUCUCAAUGCUUCCGGCUAGAGGCUGGCAGGAAAAGUCCAUCUGGCGAGGGGCAUUUUACCUUCUGCACUAAAAAGGGCGCCAAUAUCUAUGAUGCCAUGGUGGCGAUGAGGAACAAGGCACUUGAUCUGGGCUCCACACCAAUCCAGCAACCCAAAAUUGUCCACCAGGUAUCAAUUAUGUCCACCGAUGUCCAGCAGCAAGACAAUGACACACAGGUAUCAAUUAUGUCCACCGAUGUCCAGCAGCAAGACAAUAACACACAGAAAUCAAGAAAGAACACCAACUCUUUAUCUCUCCCCACUUGGAAAAAAACAAAAUCGGAACUUUGGCGUUAUUUUGGAUACUAGAAAGAUCUUGAAAAUGAUGCUAUGAAUUAAAUAAGGAUACAGUUCAUUAAGUGUAUGGACAGUACAGGUAUACAUUUCAGCAUGUAUAAAAACAAUACAGGUACUGUAUACAGUUCAGCACUGAUAUAGACAAUGCAGAUAAACAGUUCAGCAUACUGUACAGAAUACAGUAUUAUAUAUGCUGAACAACUGAACUGUAUACUGUAAUGUACAUGCAGUGUAUAUACAUGCUACACAUGCUGAACCAUUUACCUGGAUUGUCUAUACAUGCUGAACUGCAUAUUGCACUGUCUAUAUACUGUACAGUAUAUGCUGAACUGUAUACUUGUAUUGUCUAUAUACACAAUGAACUGUACGUAUACCUGUACUGUGUAUUAUGCUAAAACUGUAUACCGGUAUUGUCUAUAUGCUGAAUUGUAUAUCUGCAUUGUCUAUAAUUAUGCUGAAUUGUAUACAGGUCCCCAAUUUACGAAUGCCUGCCAAUACGAACGGGGUUAGACUUGAAAUUUACAGUACAGUACAGUAUUUUAUUUACCUAAUGAUUUAUUUUUUACUUUCAUU